GGGACGGGCGGGGGAGCGCGGGGGUCACCGCUCCUGUCACCCCUCCUGUCACCCCCAGCUCCAGCCCUGCCUGCCGUGCACCCUGAGGUGCCUCUCCCUCAGCCCUGGGGUGUCCCGCGAUCCAGGGAUGCCUCUCGCUUCCCCCAUAAGACGGGAGCUCCCCCCACCCUGCACCGGGCAGGGAGCAGUUCCGGCCACCCCCAAAGCCCCCCUCCUGGAGACCAAGCCGGUGUGCCAGGCCACGGCAGGGGUUGGGCAUGGGGCCACUGUCGUGGGUAGCAGAGCUGGCCCUGUCCCCCCACCGUGGCAGGGCAGCCCCGGUGCCCGGAGUGAUAUCCAGGUGCUCGGGAGGGAGGGAGCUGCCAGGGGGAUGAGUGGCACAGGCAGGAGAGGGGCUGUGCUUCCUUCGUUCUUCGUCCAAGUUAGUUGGGUGGGCUUGGCCAACCAGCCCGAGGGAAUGUGUGGCUGCUGGGGAUUCAGGAGUUAAAUCAACACACCACAAAUUGAGGAACAAGAUUAGGGAAUAAGUGAUCCUACUAAAUUCCUCGUGAUCCCAAGCUAUGGGAAGGCAGUGUGAGUCACUCUGGAGAGGAGCAGCAGAAGGGGAGUCAGCCAGGAGGUGAGACCACCCGCUGUGGGCAGAGCGGCCAAGGAACACAGCACCAGGGUCUUGGUUUGGAGCAAUGGACAGCGUCUCCUCUUCCCCUUCCCCCUUCCCUGCCAGCUGCCCCACCGAGCUGCCUGAGAAUGCCACUGACCAGGACUACUACUCCGGGCUCCAGAAGCCCAUGCACAUGCUGUCCAUGGUGGUGUACGGCAUCGCCUGUGUGCUGGGGGUGACAGGGAAUGGCCUUGUCAUCUGGAUCACAGGCUUCAAGAUGAAGAAGACGGUGAACUCCGUCUGGUUCCUCAACCUGGCCAUUGCUGACUUCAUCUUCACCUUUUUCCUGCCCCUCAGCAUCGCCUACACUGCCCUGGGCUUCCACUGGCCGUUUGGGAAGCUGCUGUGCAAGCUGAACAGCACCAUCGCCUUCCUCAACAUGUUUGCCAGCGUCUUCCUCCUGACUGUCAUCAGCAUCGACCGCUGCGUUUCCGUGGCCUUUCCCAUCUGGUCUCACAACCACCGGAGCCCAGAGCUGGCGGCCAGGAUCGCACUGGGAACGUGGGUCCUGGCUCUGCUUCUCAGCUCCCCGUACCUGGUCUUUCGGGACACUGUGGUCAGUUCCAGGAAUGUCACCAGCUGCUAUAACAACUUCGCGCUGUCCGACGACUACUCGUCCGAGGCAACGCGGAGGCUGUGGAGGGUGCGGCACAAAGCCAUGAUCGUAACGCGCUUCCUGUGUGGGUUCCUCAUCCCUUUCCUGGUGAUUCUCAUCUGCUACAGCGUCGUUGCUGUCAGGCUGAAAAGAAGGCAGUUGGCCAGCUCUGCAAAACCCUACAGAAUCAUCAUUGCUGUCACAGUCUCAUUUUUCCUCUGUUAUUUCCCCUAUCACGUCUUCUCCUUACUGGAGAUAUCCAAAAACUCUUCCAGCCAUGAGAUGAAACUGGCCCUUUUCAUAGGGAUCCCCUUGGUUUCCAGCCUUGCUUUCUUCAACAGCUGCAUCAACCCCAUCCUGUAUGUCUUCGUGGGGCCGGAUUUCAAGGAGAAGUUUCGCCAGUCCAUCCUGUCCACCUUCGAAGGGGCCUUCAGCGAGGAGUCGGUCCUGGGCAGCCUGAGCAGCCGGAGGAAGUCCAGGUCUGCUUCGGAAGCGGAGGUCCCGAGGCUCUGAGUGUUUCUCUGCAGUUUUCCCUUAUUUCAGAGCUCUAAUGGCAGGACUGGGGGCUGUGAAGGGCUGUGCAAGGUAUAAUUUGGUGUCUUGGGGGUAUCUCAAACAUACUGUGACACAAUGGAAGUGAAAGAACUCUCUGGAGCUGCAGCAAGGUGGGUGAAAGUAGCAGCAUUUUACUCCUUGUGCCUUUUGACUCUUGUUCAUGCAUCUUUCAAAGAAACAGGGUUAAAUGCAAUGUCUCUGUGUAUUUUGUGUAAGACACUCAUCUUUUCUCUCCCCAGGAAGGACAAAUCAGUGGUUGUGCUCCUGUUACUCAGGUUUGAAGUACAGCAUAACUAUUUCUGAGCAAUGAUGGUUUGUGUUUGUGUUUGACAUGUUUCCAGCCCUUAAAUAGCGGGGAUCUGAUAUUUUGUGCUGUUGGUGAAUGAACAUUAAACCCCAAUAAAUUUCUGUAAAACUUA